AUGAAGCUGAUAUUUCUAGUGUUCUUUUUUUAUAUGAGUAUCUCUAAAUCAACAAGAGCUUCGAAUGAAACCUGCACAGAGGCCAACUCACGAUGUGAUUACAAGUCGAAUGUACGGAUGUUAGCAGAUACUUUGGCCAGCAAGUUCAAUGAUAUUGUUAUUAAGGAACUCGGCAGUGAAUAUACAUCGCACUUAGAGAUACGAACAGCCCAUAAAAUAAGCCGAUAUCACACUACAGACAUCAGUACUUUAUCAAAUAUUGUAGAUAAAUUGGAUUACAAACUAUCCUCAGCAAUUAAUAUACUAAAAGAAAUGAAUAAUGUUUUGGACAAAAAUGAUACUCCGUCCUUCACACACCCAUGUCCAUUUAAUUCGAUACGAAAAUCAGUCUUCAUUAAGAGAAAUGGUUUUCAUGAAUUGCCUUCCAUAACAAUGAAAACAAAUAUGCUGGGGCGUUUCAAAGACUUAAAAGUUAAAAGGCAAUAUUAUUUAUCCCAUUUAGACUAUGCAACGGACAAAGAUUGUGUGACUAUGCCACAUUCAAACUUAAGAUACCUAUACCAUAAAAUUGUGCAUCCAAAACCAAAAUUAUUUGUCUUCAUUAUUGAUAAUAACAUGAAAUUUGAAUUACUCCAACAUGCAAUUGGUAUUGUAAAAGAAAUUACUUAUUCUCUACAACAUACUGAUCUCAUUGCAUUAAAAAUCACAAAUAUGACCAAUUUUAUGAAAUUUGAAGACACAUGUAGCAGCGAUGGUAUGUCAAACUUAGGAAACGCAACAGACAACAACAAAAUGCUUUUCCGAGAGUACUUAAAUACAUUAGAAGUGGCUACUACUAAUGUACCACCAUCAACAAUCAACAAAGAAAUUAAAAGUUUACUUACAGAAAAGAAACUACCCCUUCAAAAACUUUUCAUCUUAUUAACUGAUUCCAAAAUUAUGAACAAUGAUGCCUGGCUAAAACUAUUUCCUGUCGCUGAAAAGAAUGAGCUUACGAAAUACUCCAUUGGCUUGAUACAAGAGAAUUCCGAGAGAAAUUCCUCCCUGAAGAUAUUACAUUUUGAGAAAUUGCAUAACCAUUCCAAUCACUCUAUGGUAAAACUGCAUAUUAACAGUGGUGAUGUCGUAGGACAAGUUGCUUCGGCAUUCAUUUCUCUCCUGCCAAAUGAUUAUAAAGAGGAACUUAAAGCUGAAGGGCCGUUAUGGGAAGCCACCGAAAGAGACUUCAUGAUAUCUUUAGUCUAUCCCAAAGCGAGUGGUAUACUAGGAUUGGAUCUACACUGGUCAGAUCUGGCUGAAGAUAUUAUAUAUUUUAAAGGAUCAAAUGAACACAAGAGAGCCUUUGUUAUAGAUUUUUCCGGCACAGUUAUCAUGCACACAUAUUUCCCUCGACCCGAGUCAACUACGGACAAAAUUAAAUUUACUAACCUGGAAACAAUUGAAGCACACAGUUUCAUGGAUGUUGUUAAAAAAGAAUUGCUAUCGCGAGUUACUGGAAACUACACAGUGGAAAUAAAAAAUUCCUCUAGAUCAAUAACAUAUUCUUGGAAAUGGGUGCAAGAUUUAUAUAUAGUUUGUAUAGUGCACGAAGUCCACAGUAACUCAACAUUGUUAAAUAAAAGUAAUAUAUUUUUUACUAAGACAAGCAAAGAAAUAUUGUUUCACAGACUGGAUUUGUUUCCUCCGAAAACUGGUAAAAUCUGCCGUCACUUUAAACAGAUAGCAACUAUAGAUCAAGGUACUGUUUAUUUGAGCCCAUCCAGUUUCGAGUCUCCAUUUACAUACUUAUACGAUAUGGGUGAUGGCCAGGAAGCAGUUUCAUAUAUGCAAAAUUACUUAGCCUAUUUACGAAGUGUGGCUCAUGGUCUUCUAUCCAACCCAGGCUUGAAAAACGAGAUACAGCAAGAUGUAGGUUUUCUUAAUUCUAUACUAUCGUUCUAUAAACGUCAACAUUUACAUGGGCCGUAUUCUAAGUAUAUAGUUAGAAGAUAUGCUGUCACUGAAACGGGGUACGGGGUACUAGUGAUGUUUCCAGGCACCGUUUUGGAAUAUGAUUAUGAACCGGUCAGAAGGCCUUGGUAUAUUUUUGCUCUGAAUAAUCCCGGUACUAUUAUUCUCACACCGCCGAAUCUAGAUGUAGGAGGAGCUGGUUACAUUGUAACCAUUUCAUAUGCUGUAAAAAGCCCCAUAUAUCCUACCAUGGUUGUCUCUAUGGAUGUCACCAUGGGAUUCCUUUAUAAAUUAUUGAUAGAUAGUUUUUCACAAUGUGCCAUGUCGAACGUUAAGUGUUUCAUAAUGAAUAAUCGAGGUUAUUUGAUCUCCCAUCCCGGGUUAAUGGAUCCAAAUAGUUCCGGACCGAUAGAACAACAACACAUAACCCACAAGGAAUCAAUGAUAGCCAUUGAUAUGUUAAACCAUAAAGGUUUUGUAAAGAAAAGGUUAUGUAGCAACUUCUAUGAUAAAACUAUACAAAGGUUUUAUGAAUUCAAUAAUUCUUUGACUAAUGUUUUGUCGAAUAUGGUGUCGGCCGAUCACUGUGUACAUUAUUACGUGGCCUCCAUUCCUCGAACCAACGCUUUUAUAGGCGUCGUCAAUGCAUCUUGCAGCAUUGGGGCUUUCUGUCCAUGCAGUAUGGUAGACCGUUUGUGUCUAAAUUGUAACAGAAUGGAACAAACUGAAUGCGAGUGUCCCUGCGAAUGUAGUUCAGAGUUGUAUGAUUGUCCUAAUACGAAUGCAACAAAACUAAAUGAAAACAUUCCUCUUUGUGGUAUGAUGCCUGAAAAUAAUCAUCAUAAAUCACAUUUCUUCCACAAUUUCGCUGAAAACCUCAAGUCCUGUUUUGAUUUUCAAUGCGAGACAUAUCUUUCCCAUUCUUCCUGUUUGGGUGUUUUGGGUUGUGAGUGGUGUCAGAUAGACGCAGAUGGACAUUCGCCGUUGGCAACUCCCUUCUGUACUUCCCAAUCGACUUGUUUCAAUGGGGUCUUGGGCGCAGUCACUCCUUACGGCGAAGGUACCUUCGGCCACAUAAGUCGAGAUGCCUUUGCCAGUUAUUCCGCUAUCGGUCCAAUAGUUGGUUGCAUCGUGACAGUGAGUCUUAUUAUCGCCGUGGCUAUUUAUUGCUACCGACAAAACACUACAACUGAUAGCUGUCACAAUCUAUAUGUCGAUGGUCCUGAAACUUGGCACGACCCAGACGUUCAGAUGAGUCAUAUGCCGACUGAUGACCUAUUAGAUCCUUCUGGUCAGGAUAAAUUGUUGGAAAUAGAGGCACCGAUAUCUCCAUAUCGCGUCAUCACUGGAUAUAGACGGCCUCAUACCGCUGGUGGCUCUGAUCAAGGUUAUUCAACCAUGACGCCCCACGAAGAUUCGGAAGCUACUGGUUUUUCUGUCAACGAUCCAACAGUUUUGUCCGAUGAUACGAAAUCCGAUGCAAGUUUCCCAGCUCCCGCAAAAAUCAAACCAAGAGUCAAAGUUGCUGAUCUCACAAUGACGAUUCUUCCAUGUGGCAAAAACAGUGUCUUAGCUCCCGUAACAGUCCACAGACAUAUGGAAGCUUCUUAA